UAUAGGUAACUCACUUCCUGGAAAUGAAAACAGGAAAACGGCAAAACCCUUCGUCCCUUCCAAUUCACAAAGCAAUUCUAAAACCCUAACCUGAAGGGAUAGCUCGGAAUUUCAGACCUCAACUGCGAAUCACAAAAUUUCUCCAUAGACUUCGCUGCAUCUAUGGAGGGAUUACAAAAAACAUUCCGCGAUGCCGUUUCACAGGAUCCAAAGGCCAGCUUAAGCGCAAUCUCGUCUUUUUUUGAAAAAUCAAAGCACAACUCCUCUGCCUCUGCUUCUUCAUCCGCCGAUCACUCUCAGCUCUUGAUCACUCGACCUCCCAGGCAAAUGAUAUCGGCGUGGACGUGCUCAAAGCUUUGUGCCGUUUGCUUUGUUGCCGGAAUAUUCGUUGGUUACACGUUGAAGAAGCGUGUCCGCAACUGGGCUUGCAAACUACUCAAGCAGAUCAAGAAGGAUUGACUUCACAGUUCCCAGUUCCCAUAUCACUGCAGAAUUUACAAGUGUUUUGAUGAAUUUAAGGAUUCAAACUGUUCUUUGGAACAAUUGUAUUGCUAAUUCUGGAUUAGCCGUUUUCGAUAUUAAAAUCUUUUUCCAUUUGGACUAGCAUUUAGUAUUCCUUUUUAUACUGCUGACAAUUUGGGUUACAUUUGUGUCACUGCAACGUCAUCAUUUCAGCAUGAAUAGAACAUAUUUCUUCUAUAGCA